UUUUAUUUUGAAAUAAGUUAUAGUGCUUUUGGAAGAGGUUGAAGAGCCAAUUCCUAAUGAUGUCAGUGAGGCGGCUGUUCCUCAAAUGUCAGGUAACGGGAAACCGUUACCGGAUCUUCCGCGGGCUCACCACCCGGCCUGACAACGUGGUUCAGCAUGCGGACAACGAGUGGAACGCAGAGGGGCAUCCGGCUUUCUCCCGUGCCGGAAUAGGAGCGUUCUUCCAAGACAGACCAGCGCUGAAGAACCCCUUCCUAGAAGAUGCACUGCUUAAAAGCUACCUUAGGAGACAUGUUUCUCAUGAGACUGUGUUGUCAGACCUGUGUCAGUUUGGAGAGAAGUUGUCUACGGAGGUGGAUGGGUGGGGUCGGGAGUGUGAGGUCACGCCUCCUAAGCUCGUGCACUUUGAUCCCUGGGGUCGCCGUGUCGACCACAUCGUGACCUCUCCCGCCUGGGGACGCAUGAAGGACCUUUCCGCAAAGGAGGGGAUGGUUGCUAUUGGAUACGAGAGGACCUAUGGCGAGUGGAGUCGUGUGUACCAGAUGAGUAAGCUCUACAUGUACUCCCCUUCCUCUGGCCUCUUCACCUGUCCUCUUGCCAUGACUGAUGGAGCUGCCAAAGUCAUGCAGUCUCUGGGAGUGCCCUGGAUGGUGGAGGAGGCUUUCGGACGCUUGACCAGCCGUGACCCUGACAGGUUCUGGACGUCCGGCCAGUGGAUGACUGAACGAAGGGGAGGUUCUGACGUGGGAAGUGGGACUGAGACGGUGGCAGUGCGGCAGGGAGACGGCUCAUACAAGCUACACGGCUUCAAGUGGUUCACGUCCGCGACCGACGCGGACAUGACCCUCACCCUGGCCAGAGUCCAGGACGGAGGGGGAUCCACCACACAGGGCUCCAGAGGGUUGUCUCUCUUCUAUGCGGAGGUGAGCCGGGAUCAGGACGGCCUGCUGAGGGGCAUCGAGGUCCAAAGGCUGAAGGACAAACUGGGCACCAGACAGAUGCCCACAGCUGAGCUGCUGCUGGACGGCCUGCCCGCACACAAGUUGUCAAAAGACGGUAGGGGCGUGGCCUCCAUCGCCAGCAUGCUGACAGUGACCCGGAUCCACAACAGUGUGGCGGCAGUGGGAGCCAUGAGGAGGGUGGUCCAGCUGUCUCGUGACUACGCCACCCGCCGCACUGCCUUUGGGAAGCUCCUGAAGGAGCACCCUCUCCACAUGCAGACGCUGGCCAGGCUGGAGGUGGAGACUCGCGGGGCCUUCAUGCUCGUCAUGGACGUGUGUCGCCUGAUUGGCCGAGAGGAAACUGGACACGCCUCCCAGCUGGAGGCCCACCUCUUGCGCUUGCUCACACCCGUGGCCAAACUGUACACUGGGAAACAGGCGGUUGCUGUGGUGUCAGAGGGUUUGGAGAGUUUCGGGGGGCAGGGCUAUAUCGAAGACACCGGGUUGCCAGGACUACUCAGGGACGCACAGGUGUUAAGCAUCUGGGAGGGGACGACCAACGUGCUGUCCCUGGACGUGCUGCGCUGUGUGGCUCGCAGCUCCGGGCAGGUUCUCCAGGCCUACUUCACCCACACCAAGACCCUGCUGGAGGCGGCCUCUGGUGUCCCUGCCCUGGCCCCGGCCGUGACGGCUGUAGACAGCGCCCUCUCUGGACUGGGGGUCUUUGUACAGGCAGCAGCCAACAGGCCUCCCAGCUACCUGCAGCUGGCAGCUAGAGACUUGGCAUACAGUCUGGCUCGCAUCUACAUGGGUGCCCUGCUUAUUGACCAUGCCUCCUGGGAGGAAGCUUGUUCUACUGAUGCCUAUGCAGCGCUCAGGUGGUGUGAGCAGGACUUGUGUCCAGUGGUCAGCCAGGAGAAAAGAGGUUGUUACGAACCCAGGACCCCGCCCCUUGAUGCUGCUUUGGUCUACGGGGAACCAAUCAGUGACUGAGUACCUCCAAAUGAGCCAAUCACAUCCUGUUUUGAUGCUGCUUUAAAAUGGAUAUUAAAGAGUAAUGACAUGGCUCUAUGUCAGCCUUAGUCCACCGCUUCAUGUGAUCCACCAGAAAUUACUCUUUGGUGAAAAGUUGUGGAUGUGUGAUUUUUCAUGAUUAUAUUCCUUUUGGAGACAGGAUUGACCAAUAUACCAUAAAUACUACUUUUCCAAUGCCAUGAACUGUGAAAUAAAAUAUAGAUUUAAUCUG